GCCAAGCGGCGCGGGCGCUAGGAUGCAGCUGCGGGCUCGGGAGCCGUGGAGCAGCUCCUGGCGCGCGCGCUAGACCGACAAGGCUAGGGGUGGCCAGGGAGCGACAGGUUUCUCUGGGCGGGCGCGCGAUGCAACGGGCGGCGGCGCUAGUUCGGCGGGGCUGCUGCCCCCGGCCCCCAGGCCCCUGGGGCCGUAGUCAGAGCAGUGCGGCUGCCGAGGCCUCGGCGGUGCUCAAGGUGCGGCCCGAACGGAGCCGGCGGGAGCGCAUCCUUACGCUGGAGUCCAUGAACCCGCAGGUGAAGGCGGUGGAGUACGCGGUGCGGGGACCCAUCGUGCUCAAGGCUGGCGAAAUCGAGCUCGAACUGCAGCGGGGUAUCAAAAAACCAUUCACUGAGGUCAUUCGUGCCAACAUCGGGGAUGCCCAUGCCAUGGGUCAGCAGCCAAUCACCUUCCUCCGACAGGUGAUGGCACUCUGUACCUACCCAAACCUGUUGGACAGCCCCAGCUUCCCAGAAGAUGCUAAGAAAAGAGCCCGUCGGAUCCUACAGGCUUGUGGCGGAAACAGUCUGGGGUCUUACAGCGCUAGUCAGGGUGUCAACUGCAUCCGUGAAGAUGUGGCCACCUACAUCACCAGGAGAGAUGGCGGUGUACCUGCCGACCCGGACAACAUUUACCUGACCACUGGAGCUAGCGACGGCAUUUCUACUAUCUUGAAGAUCCUGGUCUCCGGAGGCGGCAAGUCCCGGACGGGUGUGAUGAUUCCCAUCCCGCAGUACCCCCUCUACUCGGCGGUCAUCUCCGAACUCGAUGCCAUCCAGGUGAACUACUACCUGGACGAGGACAACUGCUGGGCCCUGAAUGUGAACGAGCUCCGGCGGGCCUUGUGGGAGGCCAAGGAGCACUGUAACCCCAAGGUGCUGUGCAUCAUCAACCCCGGGAACCCCACAGGUCAGGUGCAGAACAGAAAGUGCAUAGAAGACGUGAUUCACUUCGCCUGGGAGGAGAAGCUCUUUCUCCUGGCUGAUGAGGUGUACCAGGAUAAUGUGUACUCUCCAGACUGCAAAUUCCAGUCCUUUAAGAAGGUGCUUUACGAGAUGGGGCCCGAGUACUCCAGCAAUGUGGAGCUCGCCUCCUUCCACUCCACCUCCAAGGGCUACAUGGGCGAGUGUGGCUACAGAGGGGGCUACAUGGAGGUGAUCAACCUGCACCCUGAGAUCAAGGGCCAGCUGGUGAAGCUGCUCUCAGUGCGUCUGUGCCCGCCAGUGUCUGGGCAGGCUGCCAUGGACAUCGUCGUGAACCCCCCAGUGCCAGGAGAGGAAUCCUUCGAGCAGUUCAGCAGGGAGAAAGAGUCCGUCUUGGGUAACCUGGCCAAAAAGGCUAAGCUGACAGAAGACAUGUUUAACCAAGUCCCAGGAAUUCACUGCAACCCCUUGCAGGGGGCCAUGUAUGCCUUUCCUCGGAUCUUCAUCCCUGCCAAAGCCUUGGAGGCAGCUCAGGCCCAUAAGAUGGCCCCCGACAUGUUCUACUGCAUGAAGCUCUUGGAGGAGACCGGCAUCUGUGUGGUGCCUGGCAGCGGCUUCGGGCAGAAGGAAGGCACCCACCACUUCAGAAUGACCAUUCUUCCUCCGGUGGAGAAGCUAAAGACGGUUCUACAGAAGGUGAAGGACUUUCACAUAAAGUUCCUGGAGAAGUACGCGUGAGGACUCCUCAGGCCCCAGAGCCCUCGUCCUGAUGGCCGCCCCGCACAGACUGAACUCUCCUCCGCUCCCCUGCGACUCUGCCUCAGGCCUCCCAAAGGCCACUGGUCGCCUUCAUGUCAUGUUGCCCCAGGAGACUUCUUUCUUUGUGCCUUGAUGGUGGGAGCACCUCUCUUCUGAGCAAAUGUGAAUUGGGGAUGUCUCAGAAGCCCUGUUUUCGAUGCAGCCAAAGUAGAGGGGACUUGUUCAGCACACGUGGCGGUGCUCUCUGAAUCUGUUAUUGUUGCUCUCAGAAAAUUAACUUGGGGUGUAAAACAACCAGGGUGUGUUGGGUGAGAUGGUUUAGAUCUGGGAAACAAGAAGGUGUCACAGUAGGUGUAACUUCAUCAUGCGAAGGCCUGGAAAUCCCCAACUCACCGCCGUGAUCUGUGAAAUAAAACCCAUCGCGGUGUGAAAAUCUAGUCCUUCCAGCCCGAGAGCCUGGAGUCCGCUGGUGGCUCAGAGAGGCCAGGCCCUUCUGAGCUGGAGGCAGGCAGCCUGCCUCUCAGACAAGAACGGUGGGGGCCAGGCUAGGUUGUGGCAGACAUGGUCAGAGUGUCCUGCAGGGGAGGACGUGGGGUGAGCCAGGCUCCAGGAUGAACAGGGUCUCCACCUGGGAGCACACAGCAGGUAGUGAGGACUGCACACAGGAGGGCUUCAGGCUGAAGGGUUCUCUUGAGCAUGCUGAGACUGGGAUGCCUGUCCAGAGGUCUCCCUGGAUGCCAGGGGCACAGCGGGCCACCCAGCAAUAUCCCAUCACAUGGAGGAGUCCUGCCUGGUGGUGUGUGCAUCCAUCCACUGUGACCCAGCACCCUGUCUCAUUCAAGAACUUGAGUGAGCCUCUAUACACAUGGCCCCUGGUGACAGCAGGGACAAGGAAACCCUGAAAAUGUCCUAGCGAGGGAGGGGCAUCCUUAUGAACUUGAUGACAGGUAACCACUCUUGUAGUGUUUGUUGAGUUGUUUCAAGCUGAACUUGGUCCAUUUCCUAGCUCUUAAACAGUCCAAGUGCCUGGUAGCUUGGCUGCUGUGUACACGUGAUCCGAUUCAAAGUUUAUAAAAGUGUUUUAACUUAAUGCAAAGUGUUUUCCCUCCACGUCUGCUGCUGGCUCCCCUCCCAGGCUCUGCAGACUGUUCUGCAGCAUCAGUCGUCUCCUGGGGGUGGGGGGGAAUCCACCAAGAGGGCAGCCUCCCCAGCAGGAGCAAACCUGCAUGGGGUCCCGGCCCACGCUGCCAGAAAGUCGGCCCUGUGGGCGGCAGCAGGUCUCUCCUACCAUGAGCCUCCUUGGGUGGGUGGUCAGGGAAGCCAGGGCCAGCUCAGGAGUCUGGGGGCCCAGCAAGUCCCAAAGUGGGUCUGAAGUGAUCUGAAGGGGCUGAAGAAGGAACUCUGAAGAGGCUAAAGGAGUGGGCUUUGAAAGCGUACCCAUGCCAGGUCCAUGCAGGGGAUGUAAUAGGAAACUUCAAACUGCCCUGCCCACUGGCGUCACAGUCCCUAUGAAGAAAUAGCCAAAAUCUCAGAUAACAAAGGGAAUGUUCUGGAACUUUUUCUUCCUUAAAAGAAUUGAGAAAAUUGCACUUGUGCUUGUUGAUGGUGUAUAAGGCAGGAUGAGUCCCAGAGCGGUGAGAUUUCUGGUGGAAGGGUUGAAUAGUAGAAGCUAGUAUAUUUUUUAUAUUUUUGUAACAAUUGCUUUUUUCAUGGGGGGAGGAGGGUUUAGUAUUUGUAGUUUUAACAAGUCCAGUAGGUUUUUUUUUUAAUAAAUCUUCAGAUUAUAAAUAACCCCUAGGAAAUUUGCAGCGUUUACAUGAUUUUUUAAAAGAUGCCAUAUACACUUGGUUUGCUUUUAAAAUAAAUGAAUAAAAGCAUAAUAAGGUCAGCUGGUUAACUUCGUGCAGGUCAGAAUGCUGAUCGUGAUCGAUUUGAUUUUCUGCAGAUCCAGGUGUCGUGUUGGGGCACCGCCAGAGAAAGUCGUUUGUCAUUUGAGGUCACACUUUAAACCUACACCUGUCAAGUUUUCUGCUGUAGAUCUAGAUCUGCACGUGGGGGAUGCUGGGCUGAAUACCUUGGGUGGUCCGUCACCUUGUACCCUGAGGCCGGGCUGGUUGUCCCAGUGUUUGUGGAUUUGCAGGAAGAGCUGACAGGCCAGCCUGUCCUUGUUUUCCAAUCUAGAUUCUCAUAGGCAUCUCUUGACAAAGGUACUUAAUGAUAACUCUGAUGGAAAUUUCUAAACAAUAAAAUAUAUGUCCAAAAUGGUGACUGUUUAGCUCUCUUUGUAGUUUAAAUCUAAAUAUCGAGGGGACAUCACUGAUCCUACAUCUUCAUUAUUUGUAACUUAAUGUUGCAAGCACUGCCUCCCUGCCUCCUUCCCUCCUUUCCUUCUUCCCUCCCUCCCUUCCUUCCUUCCUCCCAAAUACUACAAACUAAAGUCACAGCUUUUCAGCUUCCAUUUCUUUUUAGGUGUCAACCCCAAGGACCCUGAGCUGUAUUUUGUUACCGGAGGUGGGAAAACCAUGGAUUCUCUGAAAUAAAAUGUUGUUCAAAUGAA